AUUGAGAAGCAGGGAGGGGCUCCGAAUCAGGAAGAAGCAGCUACCCAGGCUGCCCUAAACCGGGGUGCCCCUGCUCGCUUGCCUACCGGUGUACCUUCGAACGCCCCGGUCUCGCCUUAGCCUCCCUCGCCGGUCGCUUGGUCGUGGCGGUCGGCCAUUAUUUCAGGAAAGCCCGAGGCUAGGCGGGGGUAGUAGGCCGCAGUAACCAUGCACGACGCUUUCGAGCCAGCUGCGAUCGUAACAAAGCUGCCCCUCCAGAUAGAAUGCAUGUCAGCAUGGGACGAUCAUCUUAUUGUUGGGACAAAACAAGGACAUCUAUUGGAGUACUCUGUUAAAAAGAUGCAGGGCUACACGUAUGAUACGUCAUUGGUGAGGUCCACCAAAAAUUUUGCAAAGAGGAUUCAGCAGCUUCAUGUAAUCGCUCCCUUUAAGAUUAUAGUCGGUUUGCUUGAUAAUAAUGUCUGCGUCCAUGACUUGAGCACCUUCCAGCUAAUGACCACAAUAGCUAAGGCCAAAGGUGCGACUCUGCUCUCCUGUGAUUUCAAGCGCUCUGAGACUGGGGAGGGAAACUUGAGAAUGUGUGUGGCUGUCAAGAAAAAGUUACAGUUGUAUUUCUGGCAAGAUCGUACAUUUCAUGAGCUUCAGGGGGACUUCAGUGUUCCAGAUAUUCCUAAAACAAUGGCAUGGUGCAAUAACGCAAUCUGUGUUGGAUUCAAGAGAGAUUAUUACCUGAUCAGGGUAGAUGGAAGAGGGUCUAUCAAGGAGCUGUUUCCAACAGGGAAACAGUUGGAGCCCUUGGCCGUGCCACUCAGCGAUGGAAAGUUGGCAGUUGGGCAAGAUGAUAUGACUGUUGUGGUAAACGAGGAAGGGAUAUUUACAGCUCAAGGUUCCCUUAACUGGACUGACAUCCCAUUGGACAUGAAUUAUCAACCUCCCUAUGUUAUCGGCGUGUUGCCAAGGUACGUGGAGAUUCGCACAAUUGAUCCACGGCUGCUGGUGCAAAGUAUUGAGCUGCAAAGACCUCGCAUUAUUACAUCCGGAGGACCCAACAUUGUGUACGUGGCCAGCAAUCACUUUGUCUGGAGGCUGGCUCCUAUCUCUGUUCCCACCCAGAUCCAACAAUUGCUCCAGGAUAAGCAGUUUGACCUGGCACAGCUGCUGGUGAGAAUGAAGGGCGAUGGAGAAAACGAAAAGAGACAACAAAUCCAUCAUAUCCAAAACUUAUAUGCCUUCAACCUCUUUUGCCAAAAGCAGUUUGAUGAAUCCAUGCAGGUUUUCGCCAUGCUGGGCACCGAUCCUACCCAUGUAAUUGGCUUGUUUGCUGACCUCCUACCCUUUGAAUACAAGAAGCAGAUUCAGUACCCUAGCCCUCUACCUGUAUUGGCUGCACCAGAAUUGGAAACCGCUAACUUGGCACUCAUCGAUUACUUAACUCAAAAAAGAAACCACCUGGUGAAGAAGCCAUAUGAUUCUGAGAAUGAUAGCCUUUGCACAACUACACCUAUCAUGGAGGGGACCCCAACAAUCAAAUCUGCGUCAAAACUCCUUCAGAUUAUAGACACUACCCUGCUCAAGUGUUACUUGCGUAGCAAUUCGCCUUUGGUGGCACCACUUCUGCGGCUUGAGAACAACCACUGCCAUGUGGAGGAGAGCGAACUAAUCCUAAAGAAGUUACUGAAAUUGAGUGAGCUGAUCAUUCUGUACGAGAAGAAGGGACUACAUGAAAAGGCAUUACAGCUCCUGCUAGAGCAAUCUAUGAAAGCAAACUCUCCACUAAAAGGUCACGAGGGGACGGUGCAGUAUCUGCAGCGAUUAGGAUCAGAGAACCUUCAGCUGACGUUUGAGUACUGCGGCUGGGUGCUGAGGGAUUAUCCGGAGGAUGGACUAAAGAUUUUCACAGAAGAUUUAACAGAAGUGGAAAGUCUGCCUCGAAAUCUUGUACUGGCCUUUUUAUUGGACAACUUCAAAGACUUGGCUAUUCCUUACUUGGAACAUAUUAUACUGACCUGGGAAGAUCAAACACCAGACUUCCACAACUGUCUGAUCAAGCUUUACUGUGAGAAGGUUCAGUCUCUGAUGCAAGCGUUGCCUAAAGAUCGAGCUGUCAAUGAAGAAGGAAGCAGUGAAUCUGUACCUGUUGGAGAAUUGGGAGAAAUUAGGAGGAAACUCUUAAAUUUCCUGGACAUAUCUAGCUGUUAUCAACCUGAAAGGCUAAUUAGCCACUUCCCAUUUGACGGGCUACUGGAAGAGCGAGCACUUCUUUUGGGUCGGAUGGGCAAACACGAACAGGCUCUGUUUAUUUACGUUCACAUCCUAAAGGACACUAGCAUGGCAGAGCAGUACUGCCAUAAACACUAUGACCAUAUGAAAGAUGGCAACAAGGAUGUCUACCUGUCUUUGAUAAGAAUGUAUCUAUCUCCACCGGACGUGCAUUGUCUGGGCCCAAUCAAAUUUAAGUUGGAAGUACCAAGGGUAAACAUAGAGGCAGCACUUUCGGUUUUGGAGCAGCAUCAUGGGAAACUGAACACCACCAAGGUCAUAACAUUGCUGCCAGCAAACACUCCAAUCCAGGACAUCCAGAUCUUUCUGGAGAAGGUGCUGGAGGAGAGCGCACAGAGGAAAAGGUGUAAUCAGGUUCUGAAGAAUCUGCUCCAUGCAGAGUUCUUGAGGGUUCAAGAGGAGAGAAUUUCACAUCAGCAGGUGAAGUGUGUCAUCACAGAGGAGAAGAUUUGCAGUGUGUGUAAGAAAAAGAUUGGAAACAGUGCCUUUGCUCGGUAUCCAGAUGGCAUGGUUGUGCAUUACUUCUGCGCCAAGGACGUCAGCUCUGAUACAUGAAAAAGGUUGGCAUGGAAUGACUGUCUUUAAUGCUGUAAAAAGAACUCUGCAGGGCACCUGGAAGCGCUCACUCUGGGCUAAUGAGCUGGAUACUCUGACACAAGACUGUACAAUCACGCUUGUACAUAUACCGCCUUUAAUGUUUUGCACCAUACUGCACAGAGUGUUUUUAUUCUUUGACCCCUUUUCAGGUCUGUUAUGUAAUCAGGUCAUAUAGCCUGAACUAUUUUUUUUUUUUAUGGGCAGAGGCGUUCUAAAGGUUUACAUGAGACUGACUGUGCUUGUGCCAGGGUUGGCAGUGACGUGAAGAAGAGCCGUUGAAAGUAAGGUAUUAGUGAAUGUCUGCACUGCGGUUUAUUGACGAAAUUCACCAACGACCAACAUCUGAAACUUCCUUAAUGAUAACUGAUACACAAUUGUACAUAUGUUACGGAUUUAUGUACAUAUUGAUCUUUGUUAAGCCCUACUAAAAAGGCAGCUUAACCCACUCAUUGCAUUGAGGUAACAAUGGAAACUUGGAAGCCUUUUUAGAAACGAGGCAUUUCAGUGGAUGAAUUAGCUGAUCUGUUCUCGAACUUCAACCAUACAACCUGCUACAAGAGACUGAAUAUCUCUGAUACACUUGACAAAGUUAACAUCUGCACUAAGAAGAUUAAUGGUACAUAAUAGUAUUGCUAAUUAUUUAAACACUUUAAAUGGUAGACUUAAUUUGUUUCAUUAUUUGUGUUUUUCAAACUGUCUGUCACUACAUUUAAAUAUUCUAGUUUAGUCUCAUUACCUUAUUUGCUCUGUGUUAAGGAGAAUUAUUCCUGGUUUUUAAGGAAUUAUUAAUCUGUUCACUAAACUGCGAAUUGUGGAAUUGACUAGGGAAAUGCACAGAUUAAAGAGACACUUUAGUCGCCAAAACAUCUUGAGCUUAAUGAAGCAAUCUUACUGCUCAAUUCUCUGCAAUUUAGGAGUUAAAUCACUUUGUUUAUACAGCACUAGCCACACCUCCCUGUUUGUAACUUGCACAGCCUUUCUAAACACUUCCUGUGAAGAGUCGUCUAAAGUUUGCACUUCCUUUAUUGGAAAUUGUUUCAUUUAUAAUUUAUUUCCUGCUCUAGUAAUAGCUUGCUAUACCCUGCAGAAGCCUCCUGUAUGCAAUUAAAAUUCAAUUUACACACCAGGAGAUAAAAACUUUGAAAGUAAGUUGCAUCUGAUUGAAAAUGAAACCAUUUUGUUUUCAUGCAGACAAUGUCAGUCACAGCCAGGGGAGGUGUGGCUAGGGCUGCAUAAAUAGGAAACCAAAGUAAUAUAACUCCUAAGCGGCAGUGAAAUUUCAGAGGUGUGAUCUAUUUACAAAAAAAUGUUUAAGCAAAAUUUUCCUUAUUGACUAUAGUGUUCCUUUAAAAGAGAACUCUGCAUUUGACCCAUUCUUUUCCUGUAUUAGAUAAUAGGAUAUGCAAAAACAACUGGUCCAUAAUAGAAAAAGAAAGUUUAAGUAUUAGUUUGCUUUUUUAAAUCCUGGAAUUGGCAAUGUCUAGUCCAGAAAGUGAUCAUCCAUUCAAGAUGCUCCAAUAUGUAUAUCUGACAAACACUGACUUUCUCCCAUAAUAUCUUGCAAAGCCGGAGUUUCUGGGAGUUGUAGUUAAGUGAUCAGCUUUCUACUC